AAACUCGUUGAUUUCCGUUCUUCAUUAUCUCAACAUGGCGAUGGUGUCUUUACGAAACUCUGCGUCCUCGCUGUUGUUAUUUAGCAGUCGUUUGUUCACCCCGGAGCUGAAUGCUCUCUGUUCAUAUCACAUAAAGGUGGUGGACCACUAUGAGAACCCAAGAAAUGUGGGAACUCUAGACAAAAACUCCAAGAAUGUGGGGACGGGAUUGGUGGGUGCACCAGCCUGUGGUGAUGUAAUGAAACUUCAGAUCCAGGUGGAUGAAAACGGCACGAUUGUUGAUGCAAAGUUUAAGACAUUUGGCUGCGGAUCAGCCAUUGCCUCGAGUUCUCUAGCAACAGAGUGGGUGAAAGGGAAAUCAGUUGAUGACGCUCUGAAGAUCAGGAACACAGACAUUGCCAAAGAACUCUGCCUUCCUCCAGUCAAGCUGCAUUGCUCCAUGCUUGCAGAAGAUGCCAUAAAAGCAGCGCUGUCAGACUACAGAAUAAAACAACAGGACAAGAAGGAAGAACAAGUACACGCCACCAGUUAAUGUGCUGUUAUUAACUACCAAGUACCAGCCCUGUAAUAUUUCACUGCAGUGCUGUUUGGAAGAUUGCUUACCAUAAUACUACAGUCAGGUCUUCAGCGAGUUCAUACCCUAAAUCUCUUUAGAAUAUGGUAAUUACUUAUUUGCUUUUCAUCUGAUGAUCUGCAAUUGGCUCUUAAUUGAUGCUGAUUUUGGAGUUGGAAGUUCAUGGUGAUUUUUUUUUAAAGACAAAUCUGGCCCUUAAAUUUGAAUACAGAAUUUAAUAGAGUUCAACAUAUUUCCUUACUUUGAAGUGUUUUCCUACAAAGAACUCAAAAGAGAUUAUAAAUCAGAAACUAUUGGUCGAUCUUUUGGCAUUUCAGCUUUAUUUGGCUUGACUGUAUAAAACCACUGAUCCCUUGUCGAGGAUUCUGUAUGAAGCUGCCUUUUAAAAGCUCAAGUACACAUCCAAACGCAUGAUGCAGAGUGUUGUAUGAGACUGUGUGCCUAUUGUAAAAUAAACUAUUAAAAACA